CAGAGAUCGUGUAACUUAGUUCGAGAAACAGAGGAUCCAGGCCGCGGACACACUCACUCUCACUGUUCCAAGUCCAACAACCAUGGAAGCAACGCGAUUCUCCCCUAAUCACUUCUAUCCACACUGCUUCCUUACCAAACCCAACGCACUCAGAGAAAGAAGAUACGUAAAAUGCAUCAACGGAGUUGGAACUAGGGUUUACCUUUUCACAAACCCCGCAUUCAACAACGCACCGAACCGGUCUUUGUUUCCGAAGCUGAACCGGACUCUCUCUGUUAGCUUCUCCGACCGGCUCCGAGAUGAUUAUGUGCGCGUCGAUGCUCCGAGGAGCAAGGAAGUUGUUCCGGCGACACGCGGCGGCGAUGGAGGGGAGGCGAUUCUUGCGUCGUCUCCGAGUGCUGACAACUCGGGAACCCUGCAACUGAAACCAUUGAUGUUCAGGAACAGGUUUCUGAACUUUGCGCGAUUGGGUUCUGUGAUUAACGGCGCCGCGGAAUCGUUUUUCAAGAGCGAGAUUCGGAGGAGGCUGUUCGUAACGGCUGUGUUAAUUGUGAUUAGUCGCGUUGGCUAUUUUAUUCCUCUUCCGGGGUUUGACAGAAGGUUGAUACCGGAAGACUACUUGAGCUUUGUCGCAGGAUCAUCUGUUGAUGAACUUGGUGACUUCACUGCUGAGCUCAAGCUAUCUAUUUUCCAGCUUGGGAUCAGUCCUCAGAUAAUCAAUCGCGUCCAUUAUUGUGCAGGUACUCUGUCAUGUUGUCCCUUCUCUAGUAAACUUACGGAAAGAAGGUCUGGAUGGGCAUGAGAAGAUUAAGAGUUAUAUAUGGUGGAUGUCAUUUGGCUUUGCAAUUUUGGAAGCUUUAAUAGUGGCUUGUUACUCACUUCCAUAUUCAAUUUAUGCUGCCACUUAUAGGGUCAAGCAUGUAAUGGUGACAUCUGUUUUAUUGGUUUGUGGUGCAAUGACUAUUACAUGGAUAUGUGAUACCAUAUCAGAAUCUGGAUUUGGUCAAGGUUCAUCUCUAAUAAUAUGCGUGGGAAUACUUACGGGAUAUAUGGAGACAUUAUACAAAAUGCUUACUCAGCUUUCAGGUUGGUUCCAUUAUUGAACUCAGAAGAUCAUAUCAAGCAUAUAAUGUGAUGCCAAGCUUGAGCAAUGCUUUGAGACGAUAUGGUGUAUAACUUUGGGAAAAGCUAUGCUGUCACUCCCCUGAGCCAAUUUAAUUUGAACCUCUGGGAUAACUUUGGUCAACGUUGUAUGUGGAAGUUUGGUUUUUCGGGGACAUUACAGAUUUACAGUGUCUAAGAAUAUUGAGGUUAGCUAGUGGUGUGUUGCUAGUGAGGAGGUGGUAAACGCUGCCUGCCGAUACAUGACAGUAGCUGAUUAAGAAGCCUCAUCUUCUGGUUUCUAUCUCGAAGAUAUUUGUUUUAUGGAUUUAGGAAAAUAUUUAUUUAGGUUAUAGUUGUAGCUGCAGCAGAAAUUUGUACAGGAAAUUCUCGUGUUAUAGACGUGCUCUGUAAUAUAAAAACGAGGUGUUUGUAUACAGGAGGUACAAUGCCUUGAUAGCGAGUCGUUAUCCCCAAAAAAUGGCCUAAUGGUAGGCACUGAUACACUAACAAUGUAACAAGAAGAGAUUCACCCUCAGCAUUUUAGAUUACAUUUUCUGUACCCCUUUUUUGCUUUUAGCACCCUUCAACAUUUACUUGGAGUUUCAAAAGUAUAUUCCUGAUUUUCAGUGAUUUCAGUGAUUUUACAAUUCUGAAAUUCCCAAGUUGUAGAAUUAAUUUUUUCUUCUUCCCGAACUUGGACCUUCAAAGCUAUAAUAUGCUUUUGGAAGAUUGAGUUUUAGAAGCAAAAAUAAAAAUAAAAUAAAAAUUGGAACUUGAGAGUUUUAGAAUUGUAAAA